AUGAAUCAACUCUGCACGAUUGCCGGGGCGACCGUUGGGAAACAAUGCAUCAACGUGGAAAAGUUCGCAGACGGGCUAUACAACAAAGCUUUCCUCAUGACAAUGGACGACCAACAAGAAGUUGUAGCCAAGGUUCCAAAUCCCAAUGCCGACAUCCCGCGUUUGACUACUGCAAGCGAGGUAGCAACUAUGGACUUCGUGCGUAUCUUCGUUCUACCGUCCUGUACUCCAACGAGCUAACGGAUCUGAGAUGCGCAACACCCUGAACACCCCAGCACCCCGAGUUCUUGCUUGGAACUCCAGUUGCAUGAAUCCCGUGCGGGCCGAAUACAUCAUCAUGGAGAAGGCUCAAGGCGUACAGUUAGCAAGCGUCUUGCCUACCAUGAGCGCUGAGCAGAAAGGACAGGUGAUAAGAGCGAUUGCGAGAUACCAGCGUGAAUGGCUCAAAGUCACGUUCCACAAGAUUGGCAGCUUAUAUUACGCAAAAGACCUUCCGACUCCUGAUCAGACCAAGACUUGCUACUCAGAUACCUUGGGCAAUCCUGUUUGGCAGUCAGAAUUCGCUUUGGGGCCAAUCUUGGACAGAGAAUGGAUAGACUACGGAUGGGGGAACAUUGACGGCGACCGCGGACCUUGUAAGGACGAAAGCACGCUUCGUGUGAUCGGUUACUGAUUGUGCUCUAGGGACGACCGCGCUUGACUACCGUCGAGCUGUCUUGCAGCGAGACAAAGAAGCGAUACGAAGGCUCGAGAAACUGCCAACGCCGCUGUCUAUGCUCUGUGGCCCGUCAUUAUAUCAGCCCACAAAGGAGAAGAAGCUGUCGGCAUGUGAAGCCGCGCUCAAAGCCUUGCCCCGGGUCUUGCCCAACGAGCCCUGGGCAUCAGGGUUCCAUCUAUGGCACGACGACCUACACGAAGAAAACAUUUAUGUCGACGCCAAUGACCCUACCGUGAUUACGUCAAUCAUCGACUGGCAAUCGACGAGUAUCACACCACUAUUUGACCACGCCGUGGUUCCAGGGUUCUUGCAGUAUGAUGCUCUCGCUGCUCAGGGUCAUGACCCGCCUGCGACUCCGCACCUGCGAGAUGAUCUGGCCCCAGACGAGAAAUCUACAGCAUUGAAACAGUACGAAGAGCAAGUCCUAUCUUCUGGUUACAAACACCUGCUCAAGAACAACAUCCCAUUAGCCUUCGAUGCUCUGAUGUUCGAAGGAUCCUCAUCGUCCGCCGUCCUCAAUUCCGCCCGAAAUCUGUUGGAAGUGGGAGAAGCAUAUUGCUUAGGCUCCAUCGCAGCACUCGACGACUGCCCGGUGCAGUUCUCGGAGUCGGAACUGGCAGAGCUACAGCGGGACGCCGAAAAGACAGAAGAGAGCAUAAACGCUAUGAAUGUUAUCAAGGAAGCUCUGGGGCCAUUAUUUCCGGAAAGGGGAAUCGUUCGACCGGAUCAAUAUUCUGAUGCCAAGGCAGCGUUGCGUCGAAUACAGGCUCAAGUCGUUGAGCAGUUCUCUGCCAAUGCAGAUGACCGGAAACGGUGGCAAGAGACUUGGCCUUUCGAUUCAUGA